AUGUCUGACGCUCCAGCAUCUGCUGCCUCGCCGGCGAAGAAGGCCGGGAAGGCCAAGGCCGUCAAGCCUAGGAAGCCUGCGGCUCACCCCAAGUACAACGACAUGAUCGUCGCCGCCAUCGCCGCCCUGAAGGAACGCGGCGGAUCCAGCCGCCAGGCGAUCCUCAAGUACAUCAUGCAGCACUACAACGUCGGCAAGGACACCAAGCCCGUGAACACCCACCUGAAGCUCGCCCUGAAGCGAAUGUCCGCAUCCGGGAAGCUGAAGCACGCCAAGGGACAGGGCGCAUCCGGCUCCUUCCGCAUCGCCGAGAAGGGAGAGAAGGUCGUCGCCAAGAAGCCCAAGGCUGUUAAGCCCAAGAAGCCAGCCGGAGCCAAGAAGAGCCCCCAGAAGCCGAGGAAGCCCAAGGCCGCCAAGAAGUCCCCGGCCAAGCCCAAAGCCGCCAAGCCAAAGAAGGUGAAGAAGCCCAAGACCCCAAAGAAGACCGCCGGCAAGCCCAAGGUCGCCAAGGCGAAGAAGGCCAAGAGCCCCAAGAAGGCAGGGAAGAAAUAG